AUGGAUCCCACCACUCCCUUCAUCUCAGUGCCUCCCGCCCGGGAGAUCCCAGGCACCUUCAUGUCCAGCGUAAAGAGCUGGUGGAGUGUUGGGGAAAAGGGUGCAGCAGCGAGCGAGGAGCGGUUACUCCGGAAACUGCCAUAUUUUCGCCCAGAAGGGUCACCACCAGUCACGCCUGACUUUACCCAUCCUGUCGUUGCUUCAAGAUCUAAAGUCGAGCUCGAUAACCCCAAGAACUACCUGAACACCGUCUCAAUCACCCCAACUACUGCCCCCUCCUCAGGUGCCCCGGCCCCCGCAGUCAUGCUGCACGGAUACGGCGCCGGCCUCGGUUUCUUCUUCCAGAACUUGCCAGCCCUCGGCAUGUGGGCAGGGAACCGCGGCACCUCCGUCUACGCCGUCGACUGGCUCGGCAUGGGCCGUUCUUCCCGCCCAACCUUCCACAUCAAGUCCCGGCGCGAAGACGUCGACGCGCGCGUCGCCGAGGCCGAGUCCUUCUUCGUCGACUCGCUCGAGCAGUGGCGCAAGAAGAUGGGCCUCGAGCGCAUGACGCUCAUCGGCCACUCCCUCGGCGGGUACCUCUCCGUCGCCUACGCCCUCCGCCACCCCACGCGUGCCACGGACCAGCAGGCGACGGGUCAGACCGGCGAGGACCACGCGGAGCCGGCUACGUCGGGGCGGGUGAACAACCUGAGGCAGGAGCAGCAGAGUCAGCAGCGGCAAGCGAGCACGUCGCGCAAGGUUUUGGAGUACCUAUGGGAGCAAGGAUGGAGUCCGUUCCAGGUCGUGCGGUCCACCUGGCUUUGGGGCCCGAUGCUCAUUGGCAAGUACUCGUCAAGGCGGUUCAUCGGUCUGUCGGAUGAGGAUACCCGCGCCAUGCACGACUACAUCAUGAACAUCACGCUCGCGAAAGGAUCUGGAGAGUAUUGCAUCUCGCAUUUGCUUGCUCCAGGUGCAUACGCGAGACGGCCGAUCGUCGACCGGAUUGAUGCUCUGAAGAUUCCUGUUACCUUUAUCUACGGUGAUCAUGAUUGGAUGGACCCUGAGGGCGGCAAGGAAUCUGUAGAGCGACUGCGCCAGGCUGGGAACGGAUUGGGCAAGAUGUACAUUGUGCCUCACGCAGGUCACCAUGUGUACCUCGACAACCCGAAGGCAACGAAUGACCUCCUUGUGAAGGAGCUCGACCGGGCUGCGGAUCUCACUCGCAGUUUCUAUUCCCCAUAG